AUGGAUCUCCUGACCCAUGAUACACAAAGAUUUGCCAAUGCAAUGGAAUGCAUCUUCAAGCUGAGUGGCCUCCUUUGCGGCCUAUCAGCUUUGGUGUUUGAGAUAGUCAUUGCAAGCAGUCAAUGCUGGCGCCUGUGGGAAUUCGACAACAAGGUUGUGCAAUUUGUGUCCUUUGGACUGUGGGAAGCUUACUACCCUCAAGAGUUUAAUGUCUCAGGGACUGUAAUCAAGAUGCUGGUGCAUACUCCUAUCAAUUCCACCUGGACAAUUUCACCUGAAUUUCAGUAUGCGCAGACCAUGAUAGUGUGGGCCAUUCUGAUGAAGCUUGUAGUUCUGAUUUUUGGUGCAGUCGCCAUUAAGAUCAGCUGCAUUGAAGACCCAUUCGUCGAGAUGGAGAUACAUUGCUACAAGGUCUCUGCCUUAGUUUUGUGCGUUAGCAGCCUCUUCACAUUUGUUUCCGUGAGCUGGAACCACUUCGCAGAUCAUUAUGGACAAACCACUCUUGACUUUCCGCCUAACUUUCCUGUUAGAAAAGAAGCAUUGAUAAACAAACAGUAUACUGCUAUCUUCCCAACAGCGGUACUGACAACCAUCAUGUCACUCUUUGGUGUGAUCUUCCUUUUCUCUGAGAUAAGCUCUUUGAAACUACAGAGUCAGGUGAAGGUCCAGUGUGCUUACAUAGUGGCCGAACAAGAGGUCUGA